CCCAUGUCCGCCUCCGCCGCGAUCGAGUACGCCUCCGACGCCCCCGUCCCCCUCUUCCCGCGCCUGCACCCGCACCACCUCGCGCCCGACAAGCAGCCCGACUACCUCAAGCUUAUCCUCACUUCUAAGGUGUACGAGAUCCUCAAGGAGACGCCGCUCGUGCCCGCCCCGCUCCUCAGCGCCAAGCUCGGCUGCGAGAUAUGGCUCAAGCGCGAGGACCUCCAGGAGGUGUUCAGCUUCAAGAUCCGCGGCGCGUACAACUUCAUGGCACACCUCCCCGAGGAGGACCGCUGGAAGGGCGUCGUCACCUGCAGCGCCGGCAACCACGCCCAGGGUGUCGCUCUCUCAGGCGCAAAGCUCAACAUCCCCUGUACGAUCGUCAUGCCGCACGGCACGCCCUCCAUCAAGGUGCGCAACGUGCAGCGCCUCGGCGCCCGCGUCGUGCUGCACGGCGCCGACUUCGACGCCGCCAAGGCCGAGUGCGCGCGCCUCGCGCAGGAGCACGGCCUCACGUUCGUGCCGCCGUACGACGAUCCGCUCGUCGUCGCCGGCCAGGGCACAGUCGGCAUGGAGAUCCUCAAGCAGCUCAACAGGGCCGAGACGCUAGACGGUGUGUUCGCCGCUGUCGGCGGCGGCGGGCUCGUUGCGGGCAUCGCGGAGUAUGUGAAGCGGAUAGGCAAUCCGCGGACGAAGGUGAUCGGUGGGGAGACGUUCGAUGGGGACGCGAUGGAUAAGAGUUUGAAGGCCGGGGAGCGCGUUACGCUUCCUGAGGUCGGGCCGUUCAGCGAUGGCACGGCGGUGAAGAUCGUGGGCGAAGAGCCGUUUAGGAUAUGCAAGAACCUGCUGGACGGGAUCGUGAAGGUGGACAAUGACGAGCUGUGUGCCGCGAUCAAGGAUAUCUUCGAGGAGACGCGUUCGGUAACGGAACCAGCUGGCGCACUUGGCCUUGCAUCGCUCAAGCGCUACGUUCUCGACAACGACCUCGUCGGAUCGGGAAAGCGCUUCGUCGCCGUCGUCAGCGGCGCCAACAUGAACUUCGACCGGCUCCGGUUCGUCGCCGAACGCGCCGAACUCGGUGAGGGCCGCGAGGCGCUCUUCAGCGUCGAGAUCCCCGAACACCCCGGAACCUUCUUCGCACUGCAUAACAUCAUCCACCCGCGGACGACGACCGAGUUCAUAUACCGCUACAACUCGUACAACGCCCCCGCGGACGUCGCGCACAUCUUCAUCUCGUUCUACCUCCAGACGACCUCGUGGGCCGAGCGGCCGCGCGAGAUCGCGCAGGUGCUCGAGACGCUCGAGCAGAGCGGGAUGAAGGGCGUGGACAUCUCCGAGGACGAGAUGGCGAAGAGCCACGCGCGGUACAUGGUCGGCGGGUGCGCGGCCGUCGAGAACGAGCGGGUGUUCAGGUUUGAGUUCCCCGAGCGGCCUAAUGCGCUGCGCAACUUCCUCCUCGGCCUCAAGUCGGGCUCGCAGUCGGGGUGGAACAUCUCCCUCUUCCACUACCGCAAUCACGGAGCCGACAUGGGCAAGGUCCUCGCGGGGAUCCAAGUCCCGCCCGCAGAACACGCUGAUUUUGACAAGUUCCUCGACACGCUCGGAUACCACUACGUCGAGGAGACGGAGAACCCGGUGUACAGGCGCUACCUCCUCGCGCCGAGCGGUUCGAGUCUACCCAAUGGCAAGGCCGUCUAAGCCAGCGGGGUACUGAGGUCUGAGGUGCCAUGGUGCCAAAAAGUAGAACAAAAGUCGCUGUACUGGCGAUGUGCUGUGAUUUGCUUGCUGCUGUUGUACUAUAGAUGAGUCGCCAGCAAGUGUGCAGCGAUAAUGAUAUAUCCAAGGUCUUCAUG